UUAGUAUACUCUGCGAUUUAGUCGGCCAACUUACAAUUGUUAGUCUGCGGGAGCACCAAGAAAAACGUGUCAAAGUAAAGGCGCGAAAAAUUGACGUUGACGGUUGACUUGAGUAUUAUCCAGUAUUUUCAUUUUAUCAGUAUUAUGUUCUUUGGUAGGUUUAAUGUACUAUUUAGCUGAGUGUCACUCGUGUCGUGUGUAUUUUUAUUCAAAAUCAAUAAACAAUAACAAUUAAGUUUACUGUGGAUUUAAUUUAAAUCAUGGAUUUAUUAGAAGAUAUAAAAAAAGAUAAAACAUACGUAAAGUAUAAGUUAAUGGUGAAAAAUUGGGAAAAAGACUUUAAAAUUAAACAUUCUCGAACUCCGUCAAAGUUCGAUAUAAAAGAAGCUCCAGUGAAUAUAAAAUAUGCAUAUAAAAAGUAUUUUCAACUCAAAAGUUUAGCUCUGGAAAAUUCUUUGUCUUUUUAUGUCAACAAUGAUGAAUCAGUUUUAUCUCCAGAAGCAAUUCCUCAGUUGGAAAAUGAAACGUUUUUCACACACACUGAUGUAAUAACUCCAGAUUCACUAUUGCCGGAUUUGCCUAGUGCAAAAGAACUUGACAGAUUAUUAUCAAGUCCAAAAACAAAUUUAAUUAAUGAAAGUUCUUCAAUGGAUAACUUGUCAAAAAAAUUAUUUAAAAACACGAAAUUUUCGCUUAGAAAUCCUAGAAAAAGUAUCACAGCUAAAAGUCAGGUUCAACAAUUUAAAAAUAAUAAUUCAUUGGAGAAAAAUUUGCCCACACGGCCACCAGAUAUUAACAAGUCUGGUUCAAUAGAGAAUGAUGUAAUGAAAGAUUGUGUUCCUCUAAAAACAACUAAUGAAACUAAUGUAGAAGAUACAAUGAAUAAAACAUUUAUUCCACAACAAACAUAUAAAGACUCACAUAGUAAUGAAUCUUCAUUUUCUUUAUGUGAUUUUGCAAAUAUAUCAAAAAAUUGUUCAUUAAGACAAAUAAACAGUGGUUGGGUUGAAAGAGCAACAGGUAUUAUUAAUGAUAUUCAAAUUGAUGAUCAAGUGAAAAUGUAUGGGAUGGGAAAUAUUACAGUACCAGUAGAACCCAUAGAAAAACUGUGUGAUUAUGUAGAAAACAGUGAAUCCGAUGAUGAUAUAGUUAUAAACAAAAUUAAGCCAGCUCUCAAAAAACAAAAGACUGAAGAUAUUGCUGAUAACACAAGCCGACAUGAAGAAGAAAAAAAUGAUGCUAUUGACAUCAAAAGUAAAAAUUGCAAAAAGGUAAAAUCAAAUAAUAAUAAAAGAGAUGUUGAUAAAAAUAAAGGCAUUAAAAAUCCUAUUAAAGAGACAUUAAAUCCUCCGGACAUUUCGGACUAUUUGCCAUUUGGUUUGAAUGAAAAAGUAAAUCCUAGGCACAAUAAGGUUUCAGAUAUCCUAAAAACUAUAGAAACCCCUACAAAAAUAGAUAAAAUUACCCAAAGAGUAAUGGAAUAUGAUAAGAUUGAAAAGAAAAUCCAAAAUGGUACUCUAAAUGAAAACUUUGUUAAAAUUAAUAUAGAAAAAAAAGUAUUUGUUCGAGGUAAGAGGAAUAUUAGCUAUUCAAAAUACAAAAAACAAUUGUGGAAAGAUAAGAAAGCUCUCCAUGCUGGAAUGGAGUUUCCUGAACAAGGUAAAAUAUCAUGCUUUAAAUGUGGAUUAGAAGGGCAUAUGGCUCGUUAUUGUACAGCUCAUCGGGGUGAUACACUGCUUCCUUUAGAUAGUUGCGAAGAACCCAGUAUGUUGACAUUGGAAGACAUGGAAAAAAUUAUUAGUGAUAAUAAGAAACAGGAGAAUGACAAACCAUUAGAAGAGCAACUAAGUUCAGUUUUAUUUGAAGCUAGUAAAGUUCCUGAAGAAUUUUUACAACUACUAGCUGAAACACCAGAUGCAGCAACUAGCAUUCAACCUAUAUAUGCAGAAGGUAAAGAAAAUUCAGAAGAAUUAUAUGAGGCACUAAAUAAGUUUGGACAUAAAUCAUUCCGUCCAGGACAAGAACAAGCUAUUAAUAGAAUUCUUUGUGGAUUGUCCACAUUACUCAUACUAUCAACUGGAGGUGGAAAGUCUCUUUGUUAUCAACUUCCGGCCUAUCUUUAUAGUAAAUAUUAUAAAUGCAUUACUUUAGUUAUAUCUCCACUUGUUUCACUGAUGGAAGAUCAAGUACUUAGCAUGCCAGAUUUUUUAAAAGCAGCAUGCUUACAUACUAAUCAACAACCAACACAGAGACGUAAAAUUAUUGAGUAUGUCAAAAGUGGAGAAAUAAAUGUUCUUUUAAUAUCACCAGAAGCUUUAGUUGCUGGCGACACUUCUAGUGGGUUUGCAGGGUUAUUUAAAUCUCUACCAAAGAUUGCGUUUGCUUGCAUUGAUGAAGUUCAUUGUGUUUCCCAAUGGAGCCAUAAUUUUCGACCCAGUUAUCUCAUGAUCUGUAGAGUAUUAAGGGAAAAAUUGAAUGUCACAUGCAUUCUUGGCUUAACAGCUACAGCAAGUAAGCCAACUAUUAAUAGCAUAAUUAGUCAUAUCAAUAUAUCAGAUGGUUUAAAAGGGGUUUUAACAAAUCCUCCAUUACCAGACAAUCUUCACUUGUCUAUUUCUUUUGAAAAAGAUAAAGAUAGAGCAAUUGUAUCUUUAUUAGCUUCAGAAAAAAUUAAUUCAUUCAAUUCUAUAAUAGUGUAUUGUAUUAGAAGAAAUGAAUGUGAACGAGUAGCUGGUAUCAUAAGAUCAUGUCUCUCACAGCCAGGAAAAAUCAAUAUGGAAAAGGAAAGUAAAAAACGCAAGAGAAUGUCUUAUAUUGCGGAAGCUUAUCACGCAGGAAUGUCAGCAGCUCAAAGAAGAAAAAUUCAAAAACAUUUUAUGGAUGGUUCCUUGAAAGUUAUUGUUGCUACAGUGGCAUUUGGUAUGGGCAUUAAUAAACCUGAUAUCAGAUGUAUUAUUCACUAUAACAUGCCUCCAAGUUUUGAGUCUUAUGUACAAGAAGUUGGUAGGGCUGGUAGAGACGGACAGCCUGCAUAUUGUCAUGUUUUUAUGAGUGAAAAUAGUAAUGAUAAAGAUGAAUUACUCAAGCAUAUUUAUGCAAACUUUAUUGAUAGACCAGUAAUUAGAAAACUUCUCCAGAAAGUAUUUAUACCUUGUAAAUGUAGUUCCUCAGCAAAUUUGUCAAAUAAAUUAUCAAAACAUCCAUUAAGAUGUGAAGGUCAUGAAGUAAGUAUCCCAAUUGAUGAUACUGUUGAAGAAUUAGAUUUACCUUCUGAAAAUAUAGCCACAUUAUUAUGUUAUGUAGAACUUCAUCAUAAACAUUACGUAAAAGUACUUAACAAUGCUUACACAAUGUGUAAAAUUUCAUCUUAUGGUGGACCAAUGAAAAUUCUAGAAGCAGCUAAAACAAGCCCUCCUCUUGCUAUGGCAUACUUAAUAGAAGGAAAAAAGAACUCAAAUAUUACUAAGAAUAGUAUUCUAGAAUUUAAUGUUAUAGAAGUAGCUGCUGCAAUUGGAUGGGAAAGUGGCAUGACGAAGUAUCAUCUAAAAAACUUAGAAUGGACAAUAAAAGAUGGAGUAUCCAAACGAUCUCACUUGAAGGUUGAAUUUAAUACACUUGGUUUCCGACUUAAAACUCCAGGUGAUUUGUCGGCCUCAGAAUUAGAUAGUUUAUUGGAUGAAUUACAUAAUACUGUAAAUACUCAAGAAAAAGUAAUGUUAUGUCAAUUGGAAGAAAUUAACAAAGUAUUUAUAAAAAAAUCAACAAGGUUGUGUGACAAUAUUAUUUUUACUGAAGAAACGCUCAAAGAAAAAUCAAAUGAAAUAAAGCAGAUAAUUAACAAUUAUUUUACCAGAGAAAACAAUUUGCCAGAUAAUUUUGUAUUGCAGGAACGACCAUUAGAUGUUGAACGAGUUACAUCUGACGUCCGUGCUUUAAUAGCGACCUAUAAAGAUUGCAAGUUUACAGGACGCAGUAUAGCUCGAAUUUUUCAAGGCAUAUCAUCACCAAACUACCCCGCCUUAGUUUGGGGUAGGUGUAAAUUUUGGAGGUCACACAUCCAUGAAGACUUUGAUGGCAUUGUUAGGAUAGCUACACAACAAAUUAUCCAAAUGAAAAUUUAGUAUUAUUUUUUUUUUAAUUAAUAAAUUAUACUUAUUUUUCAUAAA